AAAUAUUAUCUAUCAAAAUCAGAACGGAUUCAGAAUACCCACUUAUAUGAGUUAUUUUUGUCUAAACUAUGGUUCAAUUGCAGGCUUGCUUGCUGCACGCUACUGAAAAAGAAAGAAAGAAAAUCCGUUUGGAUGAAUGCGCGAGAGGAAUCAACCCAAUCAAGAGAAACUCUCUCUCCCUUCUACACUUUUAAGAAGAAAAAGGUUUAAUUCCCCACUCAUCGAAUGGAACCUCGGGUUGCCAACAAGUUCCGUCUUGGCCGCAAGAUUGGUAGCGGAUCCUUCGGCGAGAUCUAUCUCGGUACGAAUACCCAGACAAAUGAAGAGGUUGCAAUUAAGCUCGAAAAUGUCAAAACCAAGCAUCCUCAAUUGUUGUACGAAUCAAAGUUGUAUAAAAUACUGCAAGGAGGAACUGGGAUCCCAAAUGUGAGAUGGUUUGGCAUUGAAGGAGAUUACAAUGUCCUUGUGAUGGAUUUACUGGGACCUAGUCUUGAGGAUUUAUUCAAUUUCUGUACCCGGAAAUUGUCUCUCAAAACUGUUCUCAUGCUUGCUGAUCAGAUGAUAAAUCGAGUUGAGUUUAUUCAUUCCAAAUCAUUUUUACAUAGGGACAUCAAGCCAGACAACUUCCUAAUGGGUUUGGGGAGGCGUGCAAAUCAAGUUUAUGCCAUUGACUUUGGUCUUGCUAAGAAGUACAGAGACACCUCUACCCAUCAACAUAUUCCUUACAGAGAGAAUAAGAAUUUGACUGGAACUGCUAGAUAUGCUAGUAUGAAUACUCAUCUUGGAAUUGAGCAAAGCCGUAGGGACGACUUAGAAUCACUUGGAUUUGUUCUUAUGUAUUUUUUGAGAGGAAGUCUCCCGUGGCAGGGAUUGAAAGCAGGUACUAAGAAGCAGAAGUAUGAGAAAAUCAGUGAGAAGAAAGUUUCUACUUCUAUCGAGUCUCUGUGCCGUGGCUACCCCUCAGAGUUCGCUUCAUACUUCCAUUACUGUCGGUCACUGCGAUUUGAUGAUAAACCAGAUUAUGCUUAUCUGAAAAGGCUUUUCCGUGACCUUUUCAUUCGUGAAGGAUUCCAGUUUGAUUAUGUCUUUGAUUGGACCAUUUUGAAAUAUCAGCAAUCUCAAAUUGCCACACCUGUUCGUGUUAUUGUUCCUGCUGCUGGACAAAGUUCUGGGCUGCCACCAGCUGUUGUAAAUGCUGAUAGACAGACAGGUGGGGUGAACAGUAGGCAUACUGGUUGGUCUUCAUCUGAUCCUGCUCGAAGAAGAAACUCUGGACCUAUUGCAAAUGAUGGAAUGUCGUCAAGACAAAAAGCCCCAGUUCCAAGUGAUUCAACUGGAUCUAAAGAUGUUAUGUUGUCUAGUUCUAAUUUCCGGUCAAGUGGAUCCACAAGGCGAGGUGCUGUAUCGAGCAGUCGUGAUGCAGCUGUUGGCAAUGAGACUGAGCCCUCUCAUCCUCUCACCAUGGAUGCUAGUCCAGGAGCACUCCGUAAAAUCUCCAAUGCUCAAAGAAGUUCACCUAUCAUGUCAUUUGAGCACAACAGAACAUCCUCUGGAAGAAACACAUCAAACAUGAAGAAUUACGAGUCAACUCUCCGGGGUAUUGAGACCCUAAAUUUCAAUGACGAGAGGUUACAGUAUUAGCAGCUUCCAUUCUCGACCAUAUCUAUCUUAGUGUGUUGUGUUGUCUGUGCAUUUUGUUGGAGGAAAGCUGCAACAAGAUGGUAAUUGUCACUAUAAAGUAUACAAGAAAGAUAUGCUCAAGUGGUCUCCUGACAAAUCUGGCCUUGAAAAGGCUUUUGUUAAUACAGUUGACCGUGUUGGUUCUACAUCUACCAUCGUUCCCUCUUUUAUAUUAUUUAGUGAAGUCUCAUGCUUUCUUGGCUCUUUCUUUUAUGGAUAUAUAUAUAUAUAU